GUAAGACACGUUAGAUAACAGCCAAGCAGUGACAGGUAGCUCCUCCUUUGGACUGGGACACUGAGCAGAGACGAGCUGGACAUGGCCGGGUACAAGCCGAGGGUGAUGUCUCUAACCAAGAGGCCGGGUCAUACAUUCGGCUUCUACUUGAGGGCGGAGCAUGCGGAGGAGGGUCACCUGAUCCGCUGCCUGGAAAUGGGAGGUCCAGCUGAACUGGCUGGUAUGAAAGAUGGAGACCGCAUCCUGCGGGUCAAUGGAACAUUUGUUGAUGGACUCUCGCAUUCAGAGGUGGUGGACAUGGUGAGGAACAGUGGACCGUCAGUCACGUUCCACAUCCUGGAUGAAGCUUCCUAUGUGCAGGUCAAAGCACAGGGAGUGAACCUGUCCGACCCUCAGAGCACACCAGUUGCCAAUUGUGUGGUUGGACAGGCUCUAAAACCCAAACUGUGCUACCUGGUGAAGUCCAGCUCUGGCUAUGGGUUUUCUCUCCGCUCAGUCAAUGGUGAGCAGGGUUUGUUUAUGACAGAGGUAAUCCAGGGAAGUGUGGCUAGCAGGGCGGGGGUCAAUGCCAAAGACCGUUUGCUGGAGAUCAACGGGGAAAACGUCGAAAAUUCCACACACGAUCAGGUAGUGGUGAAGAUCAAGCAGGCUGGCAGCAGCAUCAUGUUCCUGCUGGUUGACGAAGAAACAGACAGGCACUACAAGAGCAAGCAUAUGAAGAUUGGAGCAUGGUUAGCCACAACCAAACAUCUCCCACACAAGCCUCUCAUCGCCGACAUAACCAAAGGCUCUGAUGGCUAUGGCUUCAUACUCAAGGAGCUGAAGAACCAAACAGGCCACUUCAUUAAGGACAUAGACCGAGGCAGCCCUGCAGAAAAAGCUGGUCUAAAGGAUAUGGACAGACUAGUAGCUGUGGAUGGUCAGGAGGUGGACUACUGCACCCACGAGCAGGUGGUGGAAAAGAUCAGGCUGAGUGGCAACAAAUGCUGCCUCCUAGUGGUGGACAGAGACACCGACCAAAUGUAUAAGCAGGGGGGAGUGUCUCCUAUGCUCUUCUUGGAGGAGAUAAAGGAUUCCAACUCACCACCCAGUUACACAGAGGCCAUCAAUUUACCUGCACCUGGUCAGGUGAAGAAGGAGGACCUAAAGCCCAAACUGUGUAAGAUGGAGAGGACCUCAGCUGGCUAUGGCUUUCACCUGAACGGCAUCCAGGGGGUGUCUGGACAAUAUAUCAAGGAGGUGGUGAUGGGUGGAGCGGCUGACAGUGCGGGUCUGGAGGAUGACGAUAUUGUGGUGGAGGUUAACGGAGUUAAUGUGGAGCACAGCAGCCAUGAGGAGGUGGUGGCCAUGAUCCGCAGCAGUGGCAGCUCUCUGGAGAUGCUGGUGGCUGAAAAGAGAGUCUACGACCAACUCAAAGCUAAAGGAGUGACCAUCACACGGCUGCUCCUCAGGGAAACGUCUUAUGCUCAAGUCCACACUGCAGCCACUCCAGAAGAAGAAGACAGAUAUGAUCUGGUGGCCAGACCUGAGACGCCGACUGAACCAGCAAGAGAGAGGACCACAUCAGCUUUAUCUCAGGACAGUGUGGAUGAGAGAUUCUGAGAAGCUGCCAAAUGGAUACACUCCCUGAUUUAACCGUUUUAAAUCUAAUGUUGAUCCAUUGUUUUUUAAACAAUCACCUCUAAGGGCUCCACACAUCCAAUUAUAUCAUGAGACAAAGAGAUGCAGGAAAAACAAAACAAAAAAAGGUCAGUAAAGACUUUU